AUGGCUAAUGCACGAACAUUAAGGGAGUUGGCUGCUCCUGAUUUAAAUCAACAGCCUUUAUGCAUUACUUUCCCGAGUGAGAAGCCACAUAAGCAUCUGCAGGAGUUUGAUGUCGUGUGCAACAGUAUGAAGCCCCCGGGAAUUACAGAAGAGCAGAUAAAAAUGAGGGCAUUUCCCUUUUUCUUGAAGGAUUCUGCAAAGGACUGGUUGUACUACCUACCGCCAGGUAGCAUCACCACAUGGGACCAAUUGAAGAAAAAGUUUUUAGAUAAAUAUUUUCCUGCAUCCAGGGCUGCGAGUCUAAGGAAAGAAAUUUGCGGGAUCAAGCAGCACCCAGGGGAGUCACUCUAUGAGUAUUGGGAACGGUUCAAGAAGUUGUGCGGCAAGUGCCCCCAACACCAAAUAAGUGAGCAGUUGCUCAUACAGUAUUUUUAUGAGGGGCUCCUUUUUAGAGACAGGAGCAUAAUUGAUGCUGCAAGUGGAGGGGCACUGGUGAACAAAAUCCCUCGGGAAGCAAGAGAGCUAAUAGAAGGGAUGGCAGAGAAUUCACAACAGUUUGGUACGAGAGAGGAUGUCCCAGUACGUAAGGUGAAUGAGGUAGAAACAUCCUCUAUCCAGCAGCAGCUAACUGAGUUGACCUCGUUUGUUAGGCAACUGGCUGUAGGAAAUGCAUCUCAGGCCAAGGUGUGCGGGAUUUGCACUGGUAUGGGUCACUCUGCAGACAUGUGCCCAAUGACUCAGGAAGAAACUGCAGAACAGGUUAACAUGGCUGACCACGCGCCCGCGCCAAGAAAGCAGUACGACCCUUACUCAAGCACCUACAAUCCCGGGUGGAGAGAUCAUCCCAACCUCAGUUAUGGAGGAAAUAGGCAGCCCAACUUUGCACCGAACAGGCAGUCUAAUUUCGUGCCAAAUAAGCAACCAGGGUACCAGCAGCAAUACCAACCCCGACCACCUCCGCCCCCAAACUCUGGUCCAUCUUUGGAGGAGAUGAUGAAACAAAUGAUGGCAACUAUUACGCAAAAUCAGCAAAGGACGGAGGCAACCAUUAUGCAAAAUCAGCAAAGGACGGACUCCGAAAUGCAGGACAUAAGGAAUCAGAUAAGUCAAAUGGCUACUACCAUCAACCGUUUGGAUUCCCAGAACCAAGGUAAAUUACCGUCUCAGCCUGAAUUAAAUCCGAAGAACGUGAGCGCAAUGACCCUAAGGAGCGGGAAGGAAAUUCAGGGGCCCGAGUCUGUGACUCCUAAGGACAAGGACAAGGAACGAAUCGAGAAAGAAUUGGAAGAGGAGGGCGGAGACACCAAAAAUCCAAAGGUAAUCUCGAAUCCAAUCAUUGCAGUUAGGACUAAUCCACCUCCCUUUCCUAUCAGGUUUGAAAAAUCAAAGAAGCAGGACAAGGAGAAAGAAGUCCUAGAGAUCUUUCACAAGGUGGAGAUCAACAUUCCCCUUCUAGAUGCAAUUAAGCAGGUACCCAGAUACGCAAAAUUUUUGAGGGACUUGUGUGUCAACCGAAGGCGGUUGAAGGGAGAUGAGAGAGUGGUAGUGGGGGAAAAUGUGUCAGCAAUCCUACAACGAAAGCUUCCACCGAAAUGCGGGGACCCAGGUAUGUUCACUAUUCCUUGUAGAAUAGGCAAUACCUUGAUUGGAAAGGCUAUGUUAGAUUUAGGAGUCUCAAUUAAUGUCAUGCCGAAAUCUAUAUAUGCUUCUCUGAAAUUAGGACCUCUGAAAGACACUGGAAUAAUCAUCCAACUGGCUGACCGAACCAAUGCAUACCCUGACGGAUUGAUUGAGGAUGUUUUAGUGAAAAUUAAUGAAUUGGUUUUUCCUGCUGAUUUUUACGUGCUUGAUAUGGAUGAUGAACACUCUCACGACCCAUCACCUUUACUGUUAGGAAGACCCUUCUUGAGCACAGCUCGAACUAAAAUUGAUGUAAAUAAGGGCACCCUAUCUAUGAAAUUUGAUGGUGAGAUUGUUCAUUUUAAUAUUUUCGAGUCCAUGAAAUAUCCUUCAGGAUCACAUGCUGGCUUUGUUUUCUCUAUAAAUGUUAUUGACCCUGUUGUACGAGAAGUUUUUGAAAUUGAAAGCAGGGAUGAGUUGGAAAUCGCCUUGACCAGGCACUUCGAGUCAGAGAUGGCGUCUGGAGUAGAGUUGAGUGAAGAGCUCAAAUGUGUGAUUGGAGUGUUGCAAACGUUGCCAACCACAAAAAUAAGGUAUGGUCUCGCACCCGUUUUUACACCUGAACCUCACCAAAGGUUACUUCCAUCUAUGGUGCAGGCACCUGUGUUGGAGUUGAAACCGCUGCCGAAACACCUUAAGUAUGCAUACUUGGGUGAGGGGGAGACACUCCCGGUAAUCAUCUCCGCGAGUUUAUCAAAAGUCCAAGAAGACAAAUUGAUUCAAGUUUUGAGAGACCAUAAGCAAGCGAUAGGAUGGACCAUCGCCGAUAUCAAAGGAAUUAGUCGCGCGGUAUGUAUGCAUCGAAUUCGACUCGAUGAGGAUGCUAAACCUAUUCGGCAGGCUCAAAGGAGACUGAAUCCCCUUAUGAUGGAGAUAGUGAAGAAAGAGAUCCUGAAACUGCUGGAUGUGGGAAUAAUCUUUGCUAUAUCAGAUAGCGCCUGA